GAGCUACGGGAGCCGAGCAGGGACGCUACGACUCCCAGGACAAGGCAGAGCGCGGCAGCUGGUCUGCGGAAGCGGCUGGCAGAGACCGGCAGGAGGCCCCUCCGGGGAUCAGAAGCCCAGGGUUAGGAGCCGUAGGCAUGCUGCGUCCCAAGGCUUUGACCCAGGUGCUCAGCCAAGCCAACACUGGAGGCGUCCAGAGCACCCUGCUGCUGAAUAACGAGGGAUCGCUGCUGGCCUACUCGGGUUACGGCGACACGGACGCCCGGGUCACUGCGGCCAUUGCCAGUAACAUCUGGGCCGCGUACGACCGAAACGGAAACCAAGCGUUUAAUGAAGACAAUCUCAAAUUCAUCCUCAUGGACUGCAUGGAGGGCCGUGUAGCCAUCACCCGAGUGGCCAAUCUUCUGCUGUGUAUGUAUGCCAAGGAGACCGUGGGCUUCGGGAUGCUCAAGGCCAAGGCUCAGGCCUUGGUGCAGUACCUGGAGGAGCCCCUCACUCAAGUAGCAGCAUCCUAGCGGGCCUUGGUGGACACUGGUGAUGACAGUUGGAGGGGCAGGGCCCCCUGGGAAAACCUUCCUGGACUGUGGUGGAGAGGAGGGACUUUGCUUUUUCUAGAAUAAACUUCAACUUCUGCCUUG